UGAAGAAUGAUCGCUGCAGUGAUUCCAAUAUUCGUAAUUUCUCUGUCUAACAUUUCGCACAUUAUUCUUGCAAUUUUCUUCUUCCCAUCGAUUGUAGAAUUCCUCGAUGAUCUUUACUGGGGAUUCACUUAUCGUUCGUGGUCUCCAAUUGCACGUCAAUUAGAAUUGGGACCGAACAUUUACAUUCAUCACUCGAAGGUUUCUAUUUUGAUGGACAAAGCUGAUCUUUAUGAGAAGAAUCAGUCUAGGAAAGAUAUUUUAAACUAUUACCGGGAAGAAGACAAGGAUUUUGAGCAGUAUUUGAAUUUUAGAGAAAAUCGAAAAAUGUUGCAACAAGCUUUUGAAAGCGGAACUUUGAUUCGAAAACAAAACUACCGUGCCCGGAUUCACGAGAGAAUGGUUGAACAGCCUGUAACCGAGAAGAAAGAAUUGCUGAGAUCAAGAUAGUCUACAUUUAUUUCCAAAUGCUCUUUUUUUAAACAUUUUUACAAAAUAGUGAUUUUUAAUUAAAUAAAUCUUGAUCACAAUC